AUGCUGCUGCUCCUGCUGCUCCUGGAGACCACCCUGCUGUGGCUGGCCAGUGGCUUCCACCGUCCCUUCUACAAUGGCUUCUACUACAACCACAUCAUGAAUGACAAAGACAACGGGCAGGAGAAAGAUUAUUUCAAUGGGGCCAGACUGGUGGUGGAGACCCCCAAAGACCCCGUCUACAGCUUCAAUGGUGCCAACGUCACCCUGCCCUGCCACUACCAUCAUGAGCCCGACCUGGAGGUCAAGCGCAAGAUCCGCAUCAAGUGGUCCAAGCUGCGGGAUGACUACACCAAGGAGCAGGACGUGCUGGUGGCCAUUGGCAAGACCUACAUGGCCUUUGGGGACUUCCGAGGCCGCGCUCACCUCCACCGGACCAGCCGACACGAAGCCUCACUGAUCAUCAGUGACGUACGCUUGCAGGAUGAUGGCAAAUACCGCUGUGAGGUCAUCGAUGCACUGGAGGAUGAGAGCGAUGUGGUGGACCUUCGGCUGCAAGGCAUCGUGUUCCCCUACCAGCCUCCCCGCGGGCAGUACAGCCUCAACUUCCACGAAGCCGAGCAAGUGUGCCAGGAGCAAGGUGCCAUCCUUGCCACCUUCAACCAGCUCUUCCAGGCCUGGACCGAGGGGCUGGACUGGUGCAAUGCGGGCUGGCUGGCUGACGGCACUGUGCAGUACCCCAUCCGUGUGCCCCGCAAGCCCUGUGGUGGCCUGCACCUCGCCCCGGGCAUCCGCAGCUACGGCCUGCGUGACCAGCAUCUGCACCGCUUUGAUGCCUUCUGCUUCUCUUCCACGCUGAGAGGAGAGGUUUUCUACCUGGACCACCCAGCUGGGAUGACGCUGGAGGAGGCCAAGCAGAGCUGCCAGGAUGCAGGGGCUGAAAUCGCACGAGUGGGGCACCUCUAUUCUGCUUGGAAGUUCCUGGGCCUGGACCGCUGCAAUGCCGGCUGGCUGGCGGACGGCAGCAUCCGCUACCCCAUCGUCAAGCCCCGGCCCAACUGUGGCCCUGCAGAGCCUGGUGUCCGCAGCUUCGGCUUCCCCAGGAAGGGCAGGUUUGGGGUCUUCUGCUACAAGGAGAGAUAA